AGUCAGUGGAAUCGCACAGUCGUAUCAGUAGCGUAUUAUUAAAUUGAAGUAAUCUAUUUAAAGAGCCCUAGCCUAAGAAUCGGAGAAUAAGAACAAAUUAAUAUUUUCUCUUUUAAAAAAAAAAGUUUAGAGCUUUAGCUUUCCAUGAAAGUUUCAAUUAGCAUUCUCUCCAGAAACAUCCUUCGCGUACUUUUUCUCAAUCCAUCCUUUUAUUCCCUGAAAAAAAGUUUGGAGCAUGAAACAUAUAUUUUCAAUAUUUUAUUAUUUCGACAUUUGCAAAAAUUCAAUUAACGACUUUGCGUCUGCCUACAACAAAUUCAUUUUUUUCUUUCCAAAAUGUUUAUUAUUUAUCAAAGAGCGUUGUGUAUUUUAUUUUAAAAAAAUAUGUUAUUUAAAAAAAAAUUGUUAUUAUACAACAUCGAAAUACAAAUUUCUUUGUUAACCGAUUGAAUUAAAUCGUUAACCGUUUACAGAUUGAAACGUGUAAUUUCUACUUUAAUUUCUCUUUAAAAAUUUUCUUUUUUAUUUACAUGAAAAUAAAAAGAUUUUAAUUACUUUGUUAAUGGGCGGGGAGAAAUUCGUGGCUACGUCACUGCGACGCAGCGUCUAUCGCGUCUUUUUCGCGUCUCUCUUCACAUCGUUCGCAACAGUUCACGAUAGUGUACAGUAUGGAGUCUGGGUCAGCUUGGAUUUGGCUUCGACAUUCGUAAUUCGAUCUCGACUCACACGAAACAAGCAAGAGCGUAAAGAUCGUUCCGAUCUUCGGUGUCUUUUUAAAAAUUUUCACAUCGGCGGUGGCGAUUGCAUAACAAAAUUUCAAGCGAGAAUCGACAAGCUUUGGACACAUAAUCACGCCAAUCCAGAAACAAUGGAGCCCUUCGUCCAGCGUAUGUUGGAACGAGCUAAAGCCAGGAGAGAGAAACUGGAUGAAAAGUUGUCAAAUGCAGGACAUAAUGUUAAAAAAAGGCGGAGCCCUUUGAAAAAUGCUUUGUUAGAACAAACUACAGCAGUAACAAAUGAAAAUUCAGCUAAAUCACCAAUCCAAGCAGUUGCAGUUAGUGCACUUUCUCCUACCAAAUCUCCUAUAAGGAAUAUCACUUCACCAAAUAAUGAACAAGAAAACAAGGAGAAUAGUGAUUUUCAAAUUCAUAAUAUGCGAUCCAAGUUACACAGACUUGGAAAAUUAUAUUCUGAUGAUAACAAUCACGAAUUAAGUUCACCUAUACAUCGAACAGAAGAAAAAUUCACUGCAGAAGAAAGUAGCGACGAUGGUAAACCAGUUAAGAGAGGUGCUAGACUUGAUAGAUUAGCAGCUUUAGCUUCAACAAUUAAUAAUUGGGAGGAUGAUUUAUCUCAUCCAACUAUAACUAGUUCCAAGAUUAAACCUGGAAAUAGUAAAGCAGAAAAAAUACAAGCAAAGUUUAACGACCAAGUUAAAAAUGGAUUGGAGUCACAACCAAGCACAAGUGAAAGUAACAAAUGGAAGAGCAAAGAUUCAAGUCCUAUCAAACAAUUCAAAUGGGAUAAAAAUGUAUUAGAAAACUUGCAGGCAGAGAAGAAACAAAUUUUGCCUAUUAAGUCUGACGAUUCACCAAGAGGCAAGAAAACCGAAAGUGAUGCCAAUGUGAUUGCAAGUCCAGUUAACUCUUCUAGAAGCAACGAUAGUAAAGUUUCUAAUACUCCUGAAAAUAUUAAAAAUGCGAAUACUACUAGCAGUUCUCGAUUACCGUCGAGAACAGGAUUUAACGGUUCGCCAAAAACUUUGGUCCAACCAUCAGGUUCGGUGUUGAGUAAGGCAUCGAUAUUUGAAGCUAAGAACACAGAGACGAAGGCAAAAGAUCCCGCUCAAAUGUCGCUUGCCGAAAGAAUGGCGUUUUUCGAACGAAAUAAGGGAGAAGCAUUAAUACCUAAGGCACCGCUUACAAUGUCGAUACCGCCUAAGAAGUUACAAGAAAAAGAUAAGCAAGGAUCUAAUACGGAUUCAUCUUCAAUGAACAAUCGAAACGUCGAUAUUCCAAGCAGAACAGUUCUGGAGCAACGUGCGAUAUUUGAACAAGGCAACAAAGUAGAAGAAAUGGAAAAUCGCAUCUUACAAGCUACUUUUGUUGAGAGACAGCGUGAAUUAGGAAUGUUACGUUCCCGGUUUAAUACUAAUAAGGAGGUAGCUCGUGCCGCCGCUGGCUCUUGCAUUCGAACGAGCGAAAGUAGCGAAGGCAAAUCAUCGUCGCCAAAGAAUUCGCCUGUUUGUCCAGUGAAGCCAACUCCUGCCCCGGAUCAGAUUGUUCAGCCGCCGCCGCCACCACCAUUACCAGAAAUUAUAUCAUAUCAUUCUAAAUCUUCUCCAGUAAAAAGGCAAGUUGUUGGAAGCCCACCCAAAGUUCAACAUUUAAAUGCAACAUCCGACAUUAAACGUAUCCGCGUGUGUCCACCAAAACCAGGCUCUCUGUAUCCUAAUCUGUCGGAAAUAGAAAUUACUGAAAGCGAAAGUGACUCGGAAUAUACUGUCGAUAGUACCGAACCUGUAACAGCUACUUUCGAUGAGAAAACAGAAACGGAAACUGAGACGGAAACUGAAGCCGAUUAUUAUAUCCAACAUGAUGAAACUGAUCAAGAAAGUGAUAAGGAAAGCGUACAAAAUUCAUCUUUUGGGCGUAUGAGUUUUGGACGCAGUAUUUUGCACGAGUUCGAUGAACGUUCGUUAUUUAACAAAAAGAGAUGCAUAGAACCGGAUCCUGAUAGUAUUACGUCAGACAUUUCAGUAUUGGAUGAAAUGGAUCAAUAUUUGGAUGAAUGUCUUGAUGAAGAUAUUUAUCCAAAUAUUGAUCCAAUUCAUCGAGAAUUAAAUGAUGUGAAGGAGGAAGGUCCUACACCUCCUAAAAUAAAUAAAGGCGGUGAAAGUCCAUCGAUGGGGUGUAAUAGUUACAAAUAUCGUUCGCCUUUAAAAGAUUCGGAUAAACUAGAAGAUGGUGACAAGCGCGUACCAUUAGUACGCACGGUUAGUGCGUAUAGACGACAACAAUCUCAAUUGGCUAAAAUUAAUUCAGCAAGACACGAAACAGGAUCAGAUUCAGUUUUUGAUACAGAGAAACGCGAAGAUGAGUCCAUAUUGGUGCAAAUGAAAGUGAAAAAGUUAUUGGAUGAAGUUGUUGUAACACAACAGAAAAAGAUAGAAGAAGCUAGCAAAGCUCUGAAUUUGUGUCAUUCUACUGUCGAAUUUAACGGUUCUAGUGAGCACGUCGGAGGCGAAUGGGCUCUGCUUGUCGCUACUCACAAACGCCAAGCUGCAUUGAAUGAAGUACAGAGAUUGAAACGAGAAGGCACUUUAAGACCUGUUAAGGCAGGCUCGCCGGAAGUGCAGGGGAGUGGAUCAUUAACUAUUUCUGCUAUUACGUUACCGCUCAAGCAAGAAUAUUUCCGAAAUAUGGGCAUGAAUACAUAUCUUCAUUGUGUCUGCUUGAUGUAUUAUUUAGGGGAAGUUUUCGCUACUCAAGUAGCAACUGCUGAACCAGGCGAUUCGUGCAUCCGUUUUACUUCAAUGUUGAAACUUGAUAAUUUGCACAGUGAUUUCAAGAUUCUUGUUGAAGUAUAUACCUUUCAGACGCAACCAAAAUAUUUGCCACAUGAAAAAAAAUAUCAUAUCAGUCAUACUGUAAAAGCGGUCAAUAAGACACCAAAGAAAAAGAAUCAGUUUAUAAUGCCAGAAAUACAGAGUCCAGCAGGUCCAAAUGUAAUCAGAUCACCGGCUUUUGAAUUGUCGGGGACAACAUCCCUCACCCUCGAUGAUAUAAAUCGUGACCAACUUACUUUGCUCGGCAUCUCGUCACAUUCUCCACUAGAAGGAUAUCUGCGAAUGCGUAUAUCGCGUAAACUCUCGGUGUCAGUGGAGCAUCGUGGAUUUUUGACGCUCUUUGAAGAGAUUACAAAUUUGGGUGCUUGGCGUCGAAGAUGGUGUUGGCUUAAAGAUGCUAAGCUUUAUUAUUGGGUACAUCCUGAGGACGAACACAAAAAAAGUCCAGUAGGACAUCUCGAUUUGGAGGAUGUCAUUACAAAGCACGUACAAUUUAUAAAUCGAGAGAAAUAUGCUCGUCCUUACACAUUUCUACUCGAGAUAUCGAGACCUGUACAACCUGGAGAUACUAAUACUCUCAUUAUGAAGACAGAUGGAAAGGAAACCAUAAUUGAGCAUUUUUUAUUAGCUGAUACGAGAGAAAAAGGAUUGGAAUGGAUGUCUAAAUUGAAUAAAACUCUAAGUUUAAUUAGAGCUUGGGGAAGUUCAAUUUACAAAGCUUAAAUCAAGGUUAAACUUUAAUUUCGAGCAACGUAUUCAUGUACGUAUAGAUCGAUUUUUGA